CGCGCCUCGCUGCGCCUCGCCUCUCCCGCCGCCCAGAAGUGGGAAGCGGAGAGGUGCCGCCGGUUGAUCACUUCGCACAGGCGCAGGGGCGCCCCCGCCGACGGCCGCGCGUCAUGCCCCCCCCGGCCCUCGCGCCGUAGCCCGUGGCCGCCCCCACCGCACAGGCCGCCCCGUCGUCAGCGCAAGGACCGGCCGCAACAUGGCGACGGCCCGCGGCUCCGGCCCCCGGGAUGUGACAUGGAGGGCUCCCGCCCGCUGCCGCCGGUAGCCGGCUGUCCCCGCCGGAGCAUGGGCCGCGAGGGCGAGGGCGCCGCGGUGGGGGGCCUCCUCCUGCUGGCGCUGAACGGGCGCCGAGAGGCGAAGCGGCGCGGGCCCGAGAACGGCGACGCGGAGGGCGAAGGCGCUGCCAAGAGGCGCCGGGCCGAGCCGGGCGCGGGCGAUCGGUGCGUCCCCGUCAGCCGGCUGGCCCUGGACUACGUGGUGCCCUGCAUGAACUUCUACGGGAUCUGCGUCAAGGACGCGUUCCUCGGCGAGGCGCUGGGCGCGCAGGUCCUGGCCGAGGUGGAGGCGCUGAAGCGGGGCGGCAAGUUCCACGACGGGCAGCUGGUGAGCCAGAAGGCCGUCCCCCCCUGCAGCAUCCGCGGGGACCAGAUCGCCUGGGUGGAGGGCCGGGAGCCCGGCUGCCAGGCCAUCGGGGCGCUCAUGGCGCGCGUCGACCAGCUCGUCCUGCACUGCGCCGGCAAGCUGGGCGGCUACGACAUCAACGGCCGCACCAAGGCCAUGGUGGCAUGUUACCCUGGCAAUGGCAUGGGUUACGUGCGGCACGUGGACAACCCCCACGGAGACGGGCGCUGUGUCACGUGCAUUUAUUACCUGAACCGGCAGUGGGAUAGCAAGGCGCACGGCGGCAACCUGCAGAUCUACCCCGAGGGCCGCUCGGUCGUUGCGAACAUCGAGCCCAUCUUCGACCGGCUGCUCAUCUUCUGGUCAGACCGGCGCAACCCGCACGAGGUGAAGCCAGCCUAUGCCACGAGGUACGCCAUCACCGUCUGGUAUUUUGACGCAAAGGAGCGGGCAGAAGCCAAGGGGAGGCACCGGCUGGCCUCUGCGCAGACCGUGGGGCCCGCCCCCGCCGCGCCGACCAGCGGCCCCACCUGACGGACGCGCGAGCCGCGUGGGAACCCGACCGCCAAGGGCCGCCCUGCUCUUGGGCCGCUUCAAGCUGCUGCUGCCGCUGCUGCCGCCCCGCCGCGGCCGGACGCGCCCCAGCGCCAGCCCCGCGGAGGACGAGGCCGAGCGGCGGGCGGACCCUGCGGAGGAGCGCGCCCGCCCGCCCGCGUGGACGCGUGUCCGGGGGAGCAGCCCUCCCUCGGGCGCCUCCGCCCGCCUGCCCCGGAGUGGGGGACCCGGCGCCCGAGGGGCGCACCCGCGCUGCCGCAGUUGCUCCGUCCUGCUCGUUUCCUGCAGCUCGGAGUCCGGCGGGGACGCGCGCGGGGCCGCCCGGGGGCGCGAGCGGCGGAGGCGGCGGCGGAGCACGAGCUGCCGUGCGCGCGGAGUGGAGCGGAAUAAACAAGACCUCGUGGAGA